UUUAUUGAGGAGGGUAAUGAGCAGUAAUAAAGAAUCUGAUUUGCAAGAUCUGGAGUUUUUCAAGAAAUAUAAGGUUAACAGCAUCAGCAAGAGAAAACUACCUGAGGUUAUGAAGAAAAAUUAUAUGAAAAUGGCAGCUGAUUUAGAAGAUGAAGUAAAUGGUCUUGAUGGUUCUCUCAAACGGUUCUCUUCUUCAUAUGCUAUGUUCUGUAAAUAAUGAGAAGAAGAAAUCUCAAUUUCAUAUGAACCCACUGUCAAGCAAAGCUCUCUCUAAGAAUCUUGAUAGGAUUUUCCAUGAAUUCCAUAAGGCAAGGGAAAGAAGCAUCCUAUCUUCUGAUAGCUCAGAAAAUGAUGAUUCAUUAGACAGAGCUAGAAAUAAGAGCAAGUUUUGUAAAAAUAAGAUCAAGGAAGAAGACAAUCUUUCUGUUUCACAAGAAAGCAUUACUGGUACUGAAGUAGUUCCUCAUCAGGACAAAGACAAAGCUCCAUUGAAAAAGAAAUUAUCAAUGAAUAGUUCACUUCAGAAUACAGUUACACUUAGGCUUGGGAAGCAGAAGGGCAAAGACUUUCUAAAGCAACUGAUAUUUUUGAAAUAAUGAUAAAAUCAUGUCAAAGUGAGAAAGACUAAAGAGACCAGCAAUCAUGGAUAGCAUCAAACACCAAUUUAAAGAGCAUAUUGGUGACCAUAAGAAUAGAAUAGAUAACCUCCUGGAAGGGCUAGAUAACAUGUCAACACAACGUAUAAUCCAUGAUUCAGAUUUGAUGAAAAUAAAGAGAGAAAAUAAGAUAAGACAUAUUAAAAAGUAUGACUACGAAGUAAUCUGCCCUUUUCAAGAAAAACGAAAGGAAAUUGGUGAAGAAUUAAAGGAAACUGAGGAAACAAAGAAAUAUAAUUUCGAUUAUAACAAAGCUCGGAAUUGAUUCACCAAAGAAAGUCUUCAAAUCGUGAAGGAAGUAACCAAGGAAGUAAUUCACAGGAAUGAGCAGAGGAGUUUAAAAAGCACCCGCACUGAUUUCUUCAAUCGUAGACAAAGCCAUCAAGAUACUUUGGCUACUAGCACCUUGAGUAAGAAAUAAGUCGAGGAGAGCAAACUCUCAGGUUGAGAUGAAAGAAGUACCUGUCUUUAAUAAGAGAUUAAGAAUGAUCCCAAGUAAAUGGGAUAAAGAUUACCUUUCUAAGUCAAGAAGGAAGCUCACCAAGAGCCAAUAUUAUCAGAAGGUUAAGAUCAAAGAGAUGAUCCACAAGAGAUUGAAAUCAACUCUGUUCAAUGUUUAGCAAAUAUUGGAAGCCAUUUCAAUUUUA